AUGAAUUCUUACAACGAUGAUAGAUGUCCCGUCUACCAUCCAGAUAUCUCGGAUUUACUACAUCUCGACGAUUAUAUUCUGAAAACACUCAAAAAUUUGGAUCCGACCGAUGUCCCAGCUAUUAAAAUCCUCCCCCCUAAGGAUUGGUCAGAUGACAUCAACCAUUUCGGUUCAGACUCAAACAUCUCCUUCACUUUGCAGGACUAUUCCGUAAGUACAAACAAAGACUCUUCUUACUCUCUCUCUUUGCAGAAUUACUCCAAAGAAGUGCCUUUUCUAGAGUUGUUCAAGGACUACGAUUCAAAAAAUAAAACCACUUCUGACAUCAACGAUUUCUGGAAAAGAUUAAACUCAAAGAAAUACACAACGGUCAAGAAAUGUGGAGUGCUUUCAAAUCCAAGCGACGUACACGGUUGGUCCUUCUCUUCCUCAAAAAAAUUGGGGAAACUAAAUCCAAUUCAAGAUACUUUGGUGUUGGGUUCAAAGUUCUCAUUCUCCUCACUGCCCAAUACCACAGGAAAUUAUCAUUUAAAUUACAUACAUAAGGGAAGCCCAAAGUGUUGGUACAUAGUCUCAAAGGACAAUGGCGAACUCAUACAGAGUUCCGACGAAGAUGAGGAUAACUCUUUUGUCUCUCCACAGAUAAUGAUGAAGAAAAAUAUAGAGUUCAUCGAAGUUACACAAAAUGAAAAUGAAUUCUUGCUGUUGUCUCCGAAUUAUAAAGCUUUCCAAAUCGAUACAGGUUUGAAUUUAUCAGAACUGUCGACUCUCUCACAAGAUUCUCUACAGUUUGGCAACCCUCAACAAUCGACAAGUUUGUCCCUAGAUCAAGAUAUCAAAAAUAAAAAUUUAGGUGAAUUGUUAGACCACAGCUCUAAUGAAUUAUCACAGAUCGAAGAUAACAAAUUAAUUAACUCACCACUCUCCCUUUCUACUUAUAACUUGAUCCAAGGCUCAUCAAUACGAUCAACUUCUCCUAACCAAUCACAGUUUUUUAACGGUAACCAAACUACAAUAAGUAGAAUCUCGUCUCCUCUGCUUACAAGAAUGAUGGAUUUGUCAAAUAUUGUAGAACCAACUUUAGAGGAUCCCACUUUGAAAUUCAAGAAAAGAUUGACUACUUCUCAAGUUUCUUCCCCAAAACUAAUCAACACUGCUGUUUUGAAUUCUCAUGAUCCCACUCUUUCGUCGACUGCCCAAGAAUUACAACGUACUGCUUCUAACACAGCACCAAAUUCUUCCCAUGCAGCACAUAGUAACAUGACUGCCAAUAACCCAACUCUUUCAUUAUUGGAAGAUAACGACGAUAACAUGCUGGCUUUAAGUUUGGCUUCAAUGGCCAACUCAAGGGUAUCAUCGCCACGAUUAACGCUGCCUCCGUUGAAUUCAGCACUAGAUCCUUCUUCCAUAUCAAUGAAUUUAAACAAUAACAGCCUCUUAUCUAACGAUAAUACACCAAAUAUGUCGUCGAUAAGUUUGAAUACAAGCAAUAAUCCUAAUUCUAACCUAAAUCAAAAUUCUUCCAUAUUGUCCCCUAAACCCUCAUACAACACAAACCCUUUAUCGUAUCAAUCUGUUUCAUCGGUGGUAAAUAAAUCCAUUCCAGGUGCCCCAUCCUCUCCAACAACUGCCAAACUACCGUUUAUUAAACGUUUAAAGUCGCCAAAUAUUGUAACGCUAAACAUUUCUCGUGAAGGUUCAAAAAGUCCAGUAUCAUUUGUUUCGGAUUAUAGAUCUCCACUAGGUGUAACAAAUCCUUUAACCUAUACAGGUGCAAGUAAUUCAAGUUUAAGCCAAUUACAACAGUUGGAUUUCAAUACUAAUAAUGGUAAUAUAAAUAUAACAAGUAGUAAUAUUAUUGGAAAUACAGUGGAUACUAUACCAUCUCCACAACCUCCUGCUCAGAAGAAACCAAAAUUGGAAAAGAAAUCAAAUCAAAAUUUCAGUUCCUCUGCACCAACAGCAGGAAGAAAGAAACAAUCUUCUAACCAACCUACUCCAUCACAACAAACUAAGUUUGCCUCUAAUGAAAUUAUUAUAUCUGAGAACGGCAAAGUCUACAUUUGUCAAGAGUGUAAAAGACAGUUUUCUUCAGGUCAUCAUUUAACAAGGCACAAGAAGUCUGUCCAUUCUGGUGAAAAACCUCAUUCUUGUCCAAAGUGUGGUAAACGAUUCAAGAGAAGAGAUCACGUAUUGCAACAUUUAAAUAAAAAGAUCCCUUGUACCCAGGAUGGAUCAUCUUCGGCACCCGUUGCGUCUACUACCUCUACCAUCAAAUCAGAGACUGCACAACCUUCUUCAUCUGGCCCAGAUAUAGUAGCAGGUUCAGGAAUUCUACCAUCUGCAACUACCUCAUCACUCCAGAGCCAACCUACUGGUCCAAUACCGACUGCUGUAUCUGAAAUACCUGUGGUUCAUGACACAGAGGACAUGACACACCAGGAACAACACUAUACCAUGGUUGAAAAGAUAUGA